AUGUCCGACGAUGAUAUGAGCAGGUCACUUAAGGAACGCGAGAAAUUAUUUGAUACAUCUCACAGUUCCAGCAGUCCAGUAAAAGGAACUCCAGAAAUUGAAACAAAGGAAUUGGGACAACAUAACAAAACCAGAAACAGAAGUCAAACUCCUAGAAAAUCGCCUUCAUCAACUGUAACAAGAUCCAGAACUACAGAAUCUUCAGAAAAAGCAUCAUCAUCUGCUGGAGGAUCUGGUCUAUACUAUUAUUUGAGUGUUAUUGCUGGUGUCGUAGGAAUAAUUAUAUUUUAUAACUGCCUGACUAACAAUCAAAAUUCAAAUGGAACCAUCAAAGCAAAACUAAAUUGCUCUCAGUUCAUGGAUUUAACAAAGAAUUUUCCAAAUCAAGAUAAAUUACUUUUUAAGUCACUUAAAAUAGGAAUCGAAGGAAUUGUCAAUAGCGAUCCUUCCAAACCCUCAGUAUUCUCUAUCUUCUCAACUGAUUCUGCUCUAAUUAAUAAUCUUAUGGAGGAAGUUGUGAAAAUUACAAAACAAUGCAUCAAUCAGACAAAUGAUCCCAUCAAUCUAUCAAAAGAUGAAAUAAAUGAAAAGCUCGUUACAAACUACAAAGAUGAGCUAUCAAAGAGAACAAUUAUGAUAAUCCGAGACGUCGAUAAGAUUGCUCCAGGAAAUGUUAAAGUUCUUCAUUCAUUCUGUGACACUUACAAUCCUCUCGUGGAAAAAUCGAUUAUAUUCCUAACAAUUCAUGUGCCAGGAUCGCCAAAAGGAAAGCCAAUAGAUUAUAUAAGAGAACAUCUGAACGAUCAAUGGGAAAGUUUAGCUGAUAAUGUUCGUAAUCCUCUCAUAACUCGUAUGCUCGAUCAGACAUUCUACCUUAAACCUUUUAAUUAA